CACGGACGCGUUCGGACGCAAGAUGUCGAGCUCUGCAAGAGCGGUUUCAGCGGCCGCGUCUGGCCGUGGUAACAGGUCUUCUGUCGCCCCACCGGGCUAUCGGUAUCUACUACCGACUUUGCCAUCAGGCGAAACUAUGAAGGAGUGUCUGUUCUUACAUUGUGACGUUGCCGGGAGACCAUACCGCCUCGAAGACUUCCGUGACCCGCUGCAAGAACUCGGUGUAUUGAAAGACUUGACCGGUAUUGGGCCCUUCCAAAUGACGCAUGUGUGGCUCAUCAAGCUACGAACUCCAGAGGUGAAGGAAGUGCUGGUUAGAGCGGGAGGCCUGGAGGUAAAAGGGCGCUUUUGCGCCGUCAUUGACCCAGUGCAACAAGACAUCACACUCAAAGUACACUGGGUUCCAUUCCACGUUACCGGGGAAGCAUUGAAGAAGGCUUUCGACCACUAUGGCGAAGUGAAAGAAGUAAGACAAGAAGAUUGGAAGGUGAGGGGCUUCGAGCAAGCGGAGUCUACCACGCGUAUUGUGCGGAUGACGCUCCGAGAGAACUUAACACCGGACUCUCUGCCCCAUUUGUUCAAGAUCUUUGGUGGCUCUGUGCUGGUUGUCGUUCCCGGGAGAGCUCCGAUUUGCCUGCGGUGUCGACGCAAAGGACACAUUAGAAGAGACUGCAGAGUGCCAAGGUGUUCUGAGUGCCGGGAAUUCGGCCAUGAAGCACAUGAUUGCGUACGUACGUAUGCAAGAGUUACUGGCAGCACGCAACCCGACGACGAAGGUCUGGAAUUGAUGGAAGAAGAGGUAACGGAGAAACUGACAGCGUCCGCGGAAACGCCGGUUCAACAGGUGGCAAGUGUCGCAAAUAAGGUGGCAACGCCAUCCGCGUCGACACAGGACGCCACAGCAGGAAGAAAGCAGAAAGAAAGAAGAAGGAAUGAAGAAGAGAAGACACCGCCUGCGCCCGCAGAAACGGAGCCCGGGUGUGACGCGUUUAACGUGGAGAUGGACGCGGAGCCAGAGACGCCAUAUGAGACGCCGGAUGAGUUGGCCACUGAGGAGCCAGCCGUGCCUUCCAAGAGGCACCGAAGCGAUGCUCCAGAAGAGGAGACGCCGGCUGACAGUGUUCAGCGCCUGGAGCCGCAGUGGAUGGUGGUCCGGUCGACCCGGACCAAGAAAGGGAAGUCCGCCCCACCGCAACGGUCAGCGUCGCUCACCCGAGAAGGGCAGGCGACGCAGUGA